CGUUCCUAGUCACCAGGAAUGCCAGAAACUGACGAAGAUCAUGCAUAUCCGCCCUCCCCAGGCGAAGUCACUUUCAUCAUACCCUCGCUUCGACCCGCACAUCACCCUAUCUGCUUUCCCCGCCAUGACAGACAUAUCGCUCAUACGGAACGCCAUACCGGCGAACCAGGCUAGGAUCCCGGUGACGUUCAAAUCAGUGGACGUGGGCCCGACUUAUUUCAGGUCUGUGUACGCGGCUUGCCGCCCCAGUGCCCAGCUCCUUGAGCUGCACAAGGCGAUCCACGAGAGGAUUAAGAUGGAGCCGAAUACCCCGUCAUUCCCCCACAUGUCGAUGUUCUAUAUUGACGACUCUGAACCGGAAGAGAGGACUCGCAUACGCGAUGAACUGGUCAGUCAAGGGAAGAUUCGGCCACUCGACGGAGACGCUGUCGAAUUGGACUGCGGUGAAGGAGACGUUCUGAGGGGGUUCGAAGGCGGAGAGAUCUGGAUCGCGAAAUGCGAAGGACCAGUAUCCGAGUGGCAGGUACUGGAGAGAAUUUUCUUGCUUUAGUAGCAGUUGCAAAUAGGUCGCCUGGGCAGAGAAUGUAAUUAGGUGGAAAGAACGAAUUACUGGUGUAUCUACACCAGACAUGUAUAGAUAGAAUUACAAUUGGGGAUAGUCGCCAGACA